UGAUGCUGUCGCUCGGUGUGCCUCGGUCUUUCUCUACUGAAGGGGGUUUAUUGUUCCUCCGAGUCAAGAGGCGAAAUAGAUUAGCCAGACCUCCCCGUAUUCAAUUCAAGACUACACUUUGCUAAAAUGGCAGGAGGCAAGGCAGGUAAAGACAGUGGCAAGGCAAAGGCAAAAGCAGUGUCUCGUUCCCAAAGGGCUGGACUUCAGUUCCCAGUGGGGCGUAUCCACAGGCACCUGAAGACCCGCACUACAAGCCAUGGGCGUGUUGGAGCAACAGCAGCCGUGUACAGUGCAGCCAUCCUUGAAUAUCUCACAGCUGAAGUUUUGGAGUUGGCAGGAAAUGCCUCAAAAGAUCUAAAGGUGAAGCGUAUCACUCCUCGCCAUUUACAGCUGGCUAUUCGUGGAGAUGAGGAGUUGGACUCCCUCAUCAAGGCAACCAUUGCCGGUGGUGGUGUGAUUCCUCACAUCCACAAGUCUCUGAUCGGUAAAAAGGGCCAGCAGAAGACUGCAUAGUUCCCAUUGGGGUUUGCAAUGGUGACAUGGACUCAAGGACUUGCAUUUGGAAUGUGUGACCAGAUCGGCUUGUGUUAAUCCAUUCAUCCAUUCUUUUUUUUUUUUUUUUUUAAAGUUAAUAUUAAUGUUAUACUAGCUAACCACAGGUUAUCUGAUAGAGUUUUGUGUUAAUGUUAUAUUGCCAAAACUAGAAUGGCAAAUAAGAGCGACCCCCCCCCCCUCCCCCCCCAAUCCAUCCAUCCAUCCAUCCAUCCAUCCAUCCAUCCAUCCAUCCAUCCAUGCAAAUGUCAGGUAUUUUAGAGAGAGACCAACAGGAAGUGUAUGAUCUUUCCUGCUCUGGAAGUGAAAUUGUUUGUUGAAUUGGCCAGAGCUAUGGAGCUGUUUUAUACUAAAAUGGAAAUGAUAAAAACAUUUUAUACAAAAAAACAAAAUAUUUACAUUUGUCUCCAUUGGUUUCCUGUCUUUGGCAUUCUGUUUUGCAACCCUUAAAACUCUUAUUUAAUAUUGGUGGGCAAAUCAGGAUGAUGUUUUAAUGUGCUAAAUUUGAGCUCUGCAUUCCUCACUCUGCAAACCAAAGAAUUUAAAUCAGGAUUAUUAAUACAGAAUCCUUUUGUGUCCAUAAAUGUUUCUUUAAAAUGGAGUGCUCGUUAUUGAGCAUUAGAAGUUUUAUGUGUAGUAAUAUAUUCACAGGAAUAUAUAUUAUUGGUUAAGAGAAGCUGACAAGUAUUGCAUAGCUUGUGAACAUAAGGAUGUAUUGGUGGAUAAAUUCAAUCAAGGCCAUUGCUGAAGUGAUUUUACCACAGAAGGGCAACAGCAGUAGAAAAGAAACCUCAAUUUCAGUACAUUUAUUAUAAUUGUCUAUAAGACAGUAUUAUAAGAAAAGAGCUUGCUACCUUUAUAAAAUGGAGAUGCCCAUUAGGAGCCUAAAUGGCUUUAUAAUAUAGUGUAAUUCCUACAAUUCAGUGUCGUUUAGGCUUUAACAUUUUGAAAAACAAAAUAUGCUUUUAUAAGGGUCAUUGUUUCAUCAUUAAAGGGACAUGUUAAAUAUUAAGUCAUAUCGGUCAAGCUAAAUUACUUAAAAUUCAAGUGUCCAUCCGGUUAAAUGGAUAAAUUAUCCACUACAUGGUCUGUGAAUAUUGUCUAGCAAACCUAUUUGUAAACUUGCAUUGCUGAUUUUCUGUUAACACAUAGAAGCACUCGUUACAAAGAGUAGACACUAGGUGGCAGAAAAGACCACAAAUGGAAGCGUCAGACAUAAAUACGAUUUAUCUCUGUAAAAAAAAAAAAAAAGAAAAAAGAUUUUUAGCGUUUCGAAGUGUGCAGAAGUGUUUGUGCAUUGCGUUAAAUGCGAGGAAAUACUCAACUGGCACAACGGUGAUAAAAUACAGAAUGGUCCAUAUCCUUCACAGCAUCUGACGUGCACGAGCAUUCAAAAAGGCAUUUAUGAAUACAUUCACUUGGGUAUUAUGUUUCCUUGCUUAUCAGACCUCUAUUAGAAUCCUUCCAAGCGGUGAACUGCAUAAGCUUGAAUACACAUUGGCUGUCUGCUGUAUACCAUGUGUUCAGUUGUUUAAAGCACUUUUCCACCCUGAAGUGCAUUAUUGGUGAUCAAUACUUAGAGCUGGCACCAAACCAUAAAUCUAGCUGUAAUCUAUCACACAAUCUCACUACACAGCCAUACGUGAACAGACAAAUGGUAAAAGGAUAAAUCAGCAAGAAUGCAAUCAGUGUAAAAUCAUAAUUUCUCUUCUGCUUUGGGCUUUCUGUAUACCUGUAGGCCAUUGAGUAUGUAUUUGUAUAUUCCAUGUCCUAAAUGGCAGGUGGAAAAGCCCUUAUUUAUUGUAGUAUCUGAUUUUUCCACAUUCACCUUUUAGGUCAGAAAGUAUUUUAAAGGAAGCGUUUGUCGUAUCACACACUUAAAGCAUUCAUACAUGUUAAAUGCAUAAGAUUUGGUAAGCCACUGGGCCUUUAUGACUUAAAGUGGCUUGUUGGUGUACUGGCCAUGCACAAGUCAUUGUUCUGCUGUGUCAUGCUGUAAAAGUAUAGUUUUUAUGCAGUCGAUACAUGUCUGAAUGUGUGUGUAAAAGAGUGUGCAAGAUCAAAUAGCUUUCAGCUGGGAAUUAAAAGGAGAUCUCUCACAGGACUGCAGGCUUUGGGUUGUGGGACAUCUGCAAUGCAGAAGCCUAUAUAUAGCAGGGAGAGAGUGCACAGUGGAGGGGGAUGAAUGUGGAUAAGAUAAAAUAAUAUCAAUGGAAAAGUUUCCAAUCCCACAAUAACUAUGCUGUUUUCUUGCUUUCAUUUAAAAUUUUAAUUUAUAAAAUUAAAAUAAAUGUAUUAUAAGAAAUUAUUUGAGCUUGUUGCCCUUAUAAAGCUGCGGCAUAUGCAAUAUGAUAAGACGCCCAUGUUUAGUAGCCUAAAUGGUUUAAUAAUAUAGGGUAAUUCCUACAAUUAGGUGACAUUUAGGUUUUGAAACUUUUAAAAUUAAACAUACUUUUGUAUCUUUGUUUCAUCAUUAAAUGGACAUGUUAAAGAUGUUAAGUCAUACCGGUUAAGCUAAAUGACUUAAAAUUCAGAUGUCCAUCUGGUUAAAUGGUCAGGGUAGACGUUCAGGGAAUAAAUGAUCCACUACAUGGUCUGUGAAUGAUGUCUAGCAAAUAUAUUUGUAAACUUACAUUGAUUAUUUUAUUUCUGUUAACAAAUAUUUAUAAUUAUAUUAAUUUUCCCUGAGUAUUCACAUAACAGUGUGGAGUUACACACUUAACCUCAGGAGACUCCACAUACAUAUGCGUGGACAUUAUAUUUUGGCCUCUAUAGGCUAUGCAUAAUUAAAUUUAAUAUAAACUGACUGAUCUCAGUUCAGGAGACUCUAGGCUGUCAUUAAUGGGUUAAACUUUCAACGUCAUGUGACAAAACAACAUGGCGCCAAUCUCAGCUGAGUUUGUGUUUGGGAGAAAUGGCAACAAAACUAAGUAAGUUAUCUGGUUAGAAACCUAAUUUUUAGGUUUUACAUUGAAACCUAUUUGAGUGAAAAGAGUAGUCUCGAGUUUCAUUCGAAAUGCCAUUGUAAAAAUUUCAUCGAUUUAUAGCGAAACGGCAAGCUGUUGAGCACAUUGACCUUGUACGUGGACUAAAGGCUCAGUUUCCUUAAAAUAUAAUAUAUUCGCUGUUCAUUAUCACAUUGAGAAUCAAUGGAUGCAUCCAAAACCUAGAAAAUGUUGCUUUCAGAGGCUUUAUAUGAAGUUAAGAUGAAAAUACGGUGCAUUUCAAACUGUUCUGAAUCCAGCGCAGACAGACAGCACACUCGAGGUUAAGCCAUUCCCUUAUUAGUGAGCAAGGGAGAAUCCUUUAGCUUUACUAUGCAGCCAAGUGCAUUCAUUCCUAACAUCCAGUCAAAAGUUCAGUUUCAGGCUGCAGAUGAUAAUUGAACCACUCAACAUGUUUGGCAGAUAUGGGGGAAAAAAAUCUGACUUUCUGUAGUAUUAUUUAAAAUUUAACAAGGAAAGGAGAAGU